CACAGGGACAGAUAUGAAACUGCAGCAGUCCUCCAGUCCAGAAAACCAUCCAGACACCCUCCGUAGGCUCUAUGAACACUGUCAAGUUGUGCAGGGCAAUCUGGAGAUCACAUACCUACCAGCAGAUGUGGAUACGUCCUUUCUCAAAGACAUCAGAGAAGUCCAGGGCUAUGUGUUAAUAGCCAAGAAUCACAUGCACCAUUUGCACCUGAACAGCCUCUUGAUCAUUCGUGGGACCCAGCUCUAUGAGGAGAAGUAUGCACUGGCUGUCCUAGACAAUGCUGAUUCCAGUGGAGAUGUGGGGCUGCAGGAACUGGGCAUGUUGAAACUAACAGAGAUCUUAAAAGGUAGUGUGAUUAUAGAGAGGAACCCCCAGCUGUGCUUCCAGGAGACCAUACAUUGGGAAGCUAUCUUCCAUAAAUAUAACUGGCAAAAAUAUACUGAGAUCAGCAGCCAUCGCCGUAGGAACUGCCCUGACUGCAGCCAAAUCUGCCCACAUAAUAACCACUGCUGGGGAGAAGCCAAAGGGAGCUGUCAAAUAUUGACAAGUACAAUCUGUGCCAGCAGCUGCCCGAGGUGCAAAGGAGGACACCCAACAGAUUGUUGCCAUGAGCAGUGUGCAGCAGGCUGCACAGGACCCAAACAUUCAGAUUGCCUGGCCUGCCUACACUUCAACCACAGUGGCAUAUGUGAACUGCACUGUCCACCUUUAAUGAAUUACAAUCCAGAUACUUUUGAAAUUAUGCACAACCCAAAUGGACGCUACACUUUUGGAGCAACUUGUGUCCCUCAUUGUCCUUAUAAUUACUUGGCAGCAGAGGUAGGCUCUUGCACUCUGGUGUGUCCCCAGAAUAGUCAAGAAGUGAGCAUGGGUGCCAUGCAGAAAUGUGAGAAAUGUGACAGUUCCUGCCCAGAAGUCUGCUAUGGUUUAGGAAUGGAUUUCCUGAAAGGCGUUCGUGCUGUCAAUGCCUCUAACAUCCACCACUUUACUGGCUGUACCAAGAUCUUUGGCAGUUUAGCCUUUCUGAAAGAGACCUUUGCAGGAGAUCCUGCCACCAAUACCCCACCCCUACAACCUGAACAGCUUGAAGUCUUUGUGCACUUGAAAGAUUUAACAGGCUUUCUAUACAUUGAAUCCUGGCCAGAAACUCUCUUGGACCUGAGCCCUUUCCAGAACCUUCAGGUGAUCCGAGGGCGGGCACUUUACAAUGGAGCUUAUUCGCUAACGCUGCAAAACCUCAACAUAUCCUCAUUGGGCCUGCGUUCCCUGCAAGAGAUCAGUAGUGGCAUGGUCCUUAUCCACCACAAUCCCAACCUUUGCUUCAUCCAAAAUGUUCCUUGGGACGACAUCUUCAGAAAUCCUCGGCAGAAGCUAUUCCACAAUGACAACAAUUCACCUGAGCAAUGUGAUCUCCAAGGCCAAGUUUGCUAUUCUCUGUGCUCCCAGGGACAUUGCUGGGGACCAGGGAAAAGUCAGUGUGUGUCCUGCAGUGGCUUUCUCCGUGGGAAGGAAUGCAUUGAGAAUUGCAAUGUUCUGGAUGGGGAUAUUCGGGAAUAUGUCAAUGGGACACAGUGCUUUCCAUGUCAUCCAGAGUGCAUGCCCCAAAACGGGACUGAAUCUUGCUAUGGAUCGGAGGCAGACCAGUGUAUAGCUUGCGCCCAUUACAAAGAUGGACUCUCCUGCGUAGAACGGUGUCCCAGUGGUGUGAAACUUGAUGGCUCUUUCAUACCUGUUUGGAAGUACCCUGAUGAGGACAAUGUCUGUCAGCUCUGCCCAGUCAACUGUACCCUUUCAUGUGCACUACGGGAUGAAUUUGGCUGCCCUGUAGAUCAGAAGCCCAGCCAUGCUAGUUCAAUCAUUGCAGGUGUGGUGGGUGCUGCACUUGCCCUUCUUCUGUUGCUUCUCACUGUUAUUUGUAUCAAUCGACGGAAGCAGCAAGAGAGGAAACAUACCAUGAGGCGUCUUCUGCAAGAAACUGAGUUAGUGGAGCCUUUGACCCCCAGUGGAGCUCUUCCAAACCAAGCUCAGAUGCGUAUUCUCAAGGAGACAGAACUGAAAAAAGUCAAAGUUUUGGGGUCAGGUGCUUUUGGAACUGUGUAUAAGGGUGUGUGGAUUCCAGAUGGAGAGAAUGUGAAGAUCCCAGUAGCUAUCAAAGUCUUGAGGGAAAACACUUCACCUAAAGCCAACAAGGAGAUUUUGGAUGAGGCUUAUGUUAUGGCAGGUGUAGGCAGCCCUUAUGUCUCUCGGCUGUUGGGAAUCUGCCUCACCUCCACAGUGCAGCUUGUGACUCAGCUCAUGCCCUAUGGCUGCCUUCUGGAUUAUGUACGGGAGAAUAAGGACCGCAUUGGAUCCCAGGACCUCCUCAACUGGUGUGUGCAGAUAGCUAAGGGCAUGAGCUACCUGGAGGAUGUCCGUUUGGUUCACCGGGACCUGGCUGCCAGGAAUGUCCUGGUGAAGAGCCCAAAUCAUGUGAAGAUUACAGAUUUUGGGUUGGCCCGAUUAUUGGACAUUGAUGAAACAGAAUAUCAUGCUGAUGGAGGGAAGGUACCUAUCAAGUGGAUGGCCUUAGAGUCCAUCUUGCGUAGACGAUUUACUCACCAAAGUGAUGUGUGGAGCUAUGGUGUUACUGUUUGGGAACUGAUGACUUUUGGUGCAAAGCCUUAUGAUGGUAUACCAGCCCGGGAGAUUCCUGAUCUUCUGGAAAAAGGAGAAAGAUUGCCCCAGCCUCCUAUUUGCACCAUUGAUGUCUAUAUGAUUAUGGUUAAAUGCUGGAUGAUUGAUUCAGAAUGCCGACCUAAGUUCCGAGAAUUGGUCACUGAGUUCACCCGCAUGGCCAGAGAUCCUCAGAGGUUUGUGGUUAUUCAGAAUGAUGAAAAGAUGGGUCUUGCCAGCCCCAUAGACAGCACUUUCUAUCGCACUUUGCUGGAGGAGGAAGACAUGCAAGACUUGGUGGAUGCAGAAGAAUACCUUGUCCCCCAUCAGGGCUUUUUCAGUGGUGAAACAUCAGCUGACUAUCGAUCUAGGAUUUCCUCCACAAGAAAUGCUACAGAGACUCAAAUGGAUGCAGGAGAAACUGAGGAGUCUCCUCAGUACCCAUACUUGGGGCCAUCUCUUUCUGAAGAGUCAGAAAGUAUCGCCUCUGAUUUGCGUGAGGAGGACUACACAGCAAGCAAAGCAGUGCAGAAUUCAGCACCCUUGCAGGCACCCGAUUCUUCUCUUCAGCGCUACAGUGAAGAUCCCACGAGUGCAUCAGUGAAUGAAAAGGAGAAUCCUGAUAACAAGAGCUACACUACCCCAUUAACUUUGGCUGUUAUACCAGAGUAUGUAAAUCAGCCAGAAAACAACCUUCCACCCAACAAAAACCUACGACUACAAGGAUCUACACUAGAAAAGCAAAAAAGGCACAUGGGAAAAAAUGGGCUUACCAAGGAACCAAAGAAUGCAUUCUAUAUGAGUUUCACCAGUGCAGUGGAAAAUCCAGAGUACCUGACACCAUGCAGUGUCCCUGCAUCUAGCCCUUUACCACAAGCUUUUGACAACCUUUAUUACUGGAACCAAGAAAAUCCUAAGUGCAAUCCAGCAGAAUUCUUUGCCACUUCCAUUGUUCCUCCUGCAGCGACCAAUGGCUUUCCUCCAACCCCAACAGCAGAGAAUCUGGAGUACUUAGGGUUGUCAGAACCAGUCACUUGCUCCAAGGACUUUGCAUAAAAACUAUUCCUCAUGACCAGUCAAAUUGAUUUUUACAAUCAAGGCACCUCAGGAUACAAACCCAGUGAAUUAACCAGGCAUGAUGAACACGAUUAAAGCCUGAAUGGUCCUUUUGAGGCCCAAUGGGUUGUUUCUCUCACCUCUCCUAGCUCUUGAGGAAAGGAGGUGGUGGGCACAUUUGGAUCUACCGCAAUAGAAUAGCAUGGCUUUUUUUUAUUCCCUCUUAUUUAAUACUAGCAGUAGCAAGAUUUUCCCUCUGCUACUACCCUAAGAUGUACUGCUGAAAGUUUUGGGAUCCAUGUAUGAAUUUUUGUUUGGAUAGAGGUUUGGUUAGUAUAGUACUGGUAAUCAAAUAUACUAGUUGGCUCAGAAUUCUGCAACACUUAAGUAUAUUUCCAUCACCCCAAGAAUCAGAUGACAGACUCUGGUUUUAAAUAAAAAGAGGUUUAAAAUCCUGCAAACUUGAAGUCUGCCCAUUUCUGGGCUCUAAAGCACUAGAUCUGUGACAUUCCUCUGAUUCAAGCAGCUCCGCUGCCAUUUGGGUACUUCAGCAGAAUGGAGUGCUCUUUUAUUUCUCACCACACCUGUAGUCCCUACUUUUAAUGCCUUGGUCUUCAAGAUAAGAGGUCCAGACUACUAAAAGGGCCUGAAAAACUAAAAGUUGAAAUUAUAAUACAUUAAGAAGAGCGAAAACAUUCAUACCAGAGUUUGGACUGACAGGAAGAGUGGAAAAUAAGGGCAAAAUAUGCUUUAUGGAAAUUGUAUUAUUACUUAAACAGAUACUCUUCAACCUUAGGAUGGGAAUAAUAUGCUGUUAUAGCAAAGUAGAACAAAAUAAUUUAUAUUUUUUUUUGACAAAGUAUCUUAGAAGAACAAGAAAACAGUUUUGCUUAGUGACAAAUUAGUUUUGCGGUGGUCUUUGAAAUUACAGGAAGUUUCUAGAAGAGGCAGUUGAGGAACCAAAACAAAUUUAUUUAGUUUAGUUUAGUGAUGCUAAUUCAAAAAGGGGAUAUAUUUGGAUUGGAAAGUAGUUGAUAUAUAUGAUCUUUGACAUGCCAUUUCUUAGUUUUUACCAAGAGAGUACUGACAAAAAGCAUCUAACAUAUUGCUUCAGUAAGAGACAAUAAUAGAAGUAAGUUUCUUCAUAGGCACAAUAUGCCUCCUUUAACAGUAUUUUUGGAAUAUUUAUUGUUUAAGAAAGUGAAAGCUGUACACAUGCCUCCAGUAUAUAAGAGGGCAGACUGGUAGUGGGUGCGAAAUGUAGAUUUCUAAGAAACUUGUUUUUAAGAAAAGGUCCAGCAUUGAUGGAGGCAAAUGUAAGCUUGAAGUGCAUAGAUAUGUCUUCUAAAAUCACAGGAGCCAGAGAGAUAACUGAAUAUGAUUGCCAGAAAUUGUGGAUGAAGUUUUGAUAUUCUGCAUAGUCUCUUACUUUCUCUCAAGCAGUCAAGGCUAGAGCAAAAAAAUGUGCAAAACAGAUUACAGAAAUACUCAGUGUAAUUUAUGAAGCAACAUAAAGGAACUUUUCAUUAAGCACAGAUUAAAGGGUGCUUAAUUUUUACUCUCUGAAAUAAUUAAUCAGUGUACGUUUAUGCCAGCAGUGGUCCUCUUAAGGUUGAUUUGUUACCUUCCAGAUUGUACUUCCUCUGUUCUAAUUGAAGUCUUUCUUCAAUGAAUUAACUCUUAACUAUUAGUAUUAUGUCUAAAAUGCUGUAUAUAAAAAUAAUUGGUAUGUCUCUUAAGUGAACUUAGUGACAUCUAAGUGAAUCCCUAGACCAUAUUUCUGGGGUGUGUUGGAAUGAAAGAAUAACAUGCCUGAAAAACACUAGAUUGGGGAAGAUUGGUGUAAGUCACUGUCUCUCAUUCCAUGUGUCAUGAUUGUAGGUCUAUUAUAUAUUGCUAAAAUUCAUUUGUUUGUUUGCAACCUUCACUUAGACAAAACAGUGUUUCACAAAGCAGCAAUUCAUUGAAUUAAUGUGCUUCAAUGUACCUAACUUACAAAAUGCAUCCCAAAUCUGGGACCCAUGACUUCCCGUGGGAUCGACAUUUGGCAAUUUUAUGCCCAUUUCAAUGCUGCCAUGCCACCAUACUGUUGGAGUUAGUUGUGCUCACUUGGUUUUAAUUUGCAAUUUUCCCUGCCAGCUUCCUACAAGGAAAGACAGUGGAGAAAUUGACACGGUCAGGAGUUAAUCCCACUCCACUGCUUUUUUAUCCAGUAGUGGUCAUUCUCUUUCUCUAUUUAGUAAGGAAAUAUCUCUGAAACAGUGACUCAAUAGGUCACGGAUUGUCUAGGUCUUUCUCUAAAAUCAUUCUGAAUAAGUACUGUGAUUAUAAGUAAUUCCAUUUCUUUCUCACUGAAUCAAAUUUGAAAAGGAAGUGGAGUAAUGAAAUGGAGAUGCUAACAUUAGUGCAUUACUUUCUAAUGUCUUUAUAGGAAAUAGAACAAGAGAUGUUAAAACUUUAUAAGGUCUUUCCAGCGCUGAUAAAAAAGUAACCACUUUCAACAUGUACAAGUCUUUCAACAAGAACAAGUCUGAGGAUCUGGAGAAAUGCCUUUUUGUUUUGAUAUUUGAAUAUCUAAAAUGGCUGUGUGUGUCAGGAAUUCUGAAAGUUGCAGAUGGCAGUAAGUUUGGUGAAGAUCCUUGAAGAGCAAAGGGAGGUAGUGUAAUUGGUACAGCUUGUUCCUUGUAUAUACAGAAUGUCUUGGAACUGUAAAUACCAUUUACAAAAUUUAUAGAAAACAAUAAGAAACAAAUCAAUACAAUAGAAUGUGUAUGUAGUUGUUCUAAGGAAUUAUUUGUUUACUAUUUCCAAAGUUCAUUCUAUUUGCAUAUUCUCCUGCUUUCCAUUGAAACCUGUGUUUUCCAGCUGGUGCUACUUUAGAUCAGUGAAAGGAAUCAGCUGUCAGUGGUUUUUUUUAAAAAAGAAAAAUGUGUUAUAAGUAUUUGUAUAUCUGAGAAAUGUAUAAUAUAGUUUUCAUUUUCUAUAA